UCUGUCCAUUGUUGAUCAACACGUUGACCUUCAUUUGUGUACUUUUUUUUCCAAUAUUUCUUUUUCUUUCAUAACCCCAAUACACUGUAUAAAGUAAAUAACUCUGGUAAUGAUAUGGAAACUGUGAUGGGGGUGAGCAUACAAGAUGUGUCAUGUAUUCCCUACAAUACUGUCAAUAUACCACAUACACAAGUAGAUACAUCUUUACACCUUACAAACAGGAAUUGUUUGAUGAAACACCAAAAACAACAACAAUUUUGUUAUUGGUGACCAUUACAGUCAAAAUGGUGACUAGUGAUGUGUGGGUCAGUUUAAGAAAAUAUAGAGUUGGGUGGGAUGCCAUUGGCAAAAAAAUAUAUAUAAUAAAAUACUGUAUCGCUGAUGGUUUGUAAUAUUAUCUUUGUGAUUUUUCUUUUUAAAAUGUAUUUUAAGCUGAUGAAUGGCACUUGCUUCCUAUUUCAAGGAAGCAAAGCUAAUGUUGGUGUGGAAGUCUGACAGAUAUGUAACUAUAAGCAAGACAGAACCACGGUAAGUUCCUAGUAAUACAUUAUAAUGGUUAAUCUUUUACUUUUAUUACAUCUCGGUUGUAAUCAACACAGUCAUCCGUCAUCAAUGUCAUUGAUUUGAUGGGUUGCAAUUGGGUCCAAAAGGUUUUCACUGACUGAAACUCCCAUGUCAUAAAAACUUGAGUCAUGAUAGCUGUAAGUCUAAAGGACAGCCUUCUGUUAAAAUAGAGAAGAAGCACCAUCAUUUCAAGGUGUGUGGGCUUGUUACACACAGUCACCUUUUGUAAAGCCCGAGAUACACUAUACUUUAAAAUGUUCACGAUGAAGACAAUUCUUUUCCUUGGAGUGUAUUUUAUUGGAAUUACAUUUGCUGCUUUACUUGGUAAAGAAGAUUGCAGUCUCUCUCCGGACACAGGUACUGGAUCUCAAAAUCAAGUCCAAUUUUAUUUUGACAAAACAAGUAAGUUAUGCCAACCAUUCACCUACAAAGGAGAGGGGGGAAAUGCUAAUCGUUUUGCCAAGGAGGAAGAGUGCAUGAAGAACUGUUCCGACACACAAGAUUCUUAUCCUGAUGACCGAAAAGUGUUGUGCGAGAAGCCAUCAGUCACAGGCGACUGCUAUGGUAGGAUACUUAUGUGGUACUUUAACAGCGUGGAAUCAACCUGCAAAUCCUUCAUUUAUAGCGGUUGCCACGGGAACGGAAACCGAUUUUCCACAAAGCAGGAAUGCUUGGAGUUCUGCAAAGGAAAAGCUGGUAGAGCACUUGGAAAUGAGGCAGUGGAAGAAAAACCUGAAGAAUCUGCAGUAGAUGAAGGACUGAUUGUGGGGAUUGUGGGUGGCUGCAUAUUUGCCGUUGCACUUGUUGCUGCAAUUGCCGUUUUUGUCACCCAAAGGAAGAGCCACAGUAAAAGAAGAACCACUGAAGUAGAGAUGAAGUGAGAAGCAAAACAACAGCAAAAAUACGUGUUGGAUCAGGAAUCAAAGUGCAUUUUCAGUAAAAAAAAAAAUAUAAUAAUUUUAAUGCUGUACAUAAAAGUUUCUCAAAGCUUUUUUUCUCAAAAUUGUUAUCAACAGCACAAUGUAUUUUAUUCUAGGGAAAACGUCAAUUACAAAUCCAUGUGUCAUUGUCUAUUGCUGAUUGUAAUGAUGUGUUAAUUCAUUGAGAAGAUUAUUUACCGUACCUGCUUUCAAUAAAAUACGUUUUAUACAAACCAUCAA